CGAGUGCUAGCUGUUAGCAGGCUAGCUUUUUGUGUGGCUAGCUGAGUGAUGUUUUGUUAUUGUUGAAGUGGGCAGCCUCCCGACGUCUGGGAGAGGAGAAUCAGCUGUGAAUGGGAAAUCGUCCUCUCGACGCUAUCCGAACCGCUGACAUUUUCUGUGAAAGUGAGCCGUAAAAUCCCUCGUUGAUAAGGCGACAGAAAAUAAAGGAGCAGAGUUUGAUAGAAGAGGACGGAGAUGGGAAACUGCCUGAAAUCUCCGACCUCGGAUGACAUUUCUCUUCUACACGAAUCGCAGUCGGACCGGGCCAGCUAUGCAGACGGUACCGAACCGGAUCAGGAGCCACCGCCCCCCUAUCAGGAACAGAUCCAUGUGCCCAUCUACCACCCGACGCCCAGCCAAGCCCGACUGGCCACUCAGCUGACAGAAGAGGAGCAGGUCCGCAUCGCUCAACGGAUCGGACUCAUCCAGCACCUGCCGAAGGGCGUGUAUGACCCAGGGCGAGAUGGCUCUGAGAAGAAAAUCAGAGAGUGUGUCAUCUGCAUGAUGGACUUUGUUUACGGAGACCCCAUCCGGUUUCUGCCCUGCAUGCACAUCUACCACAUGGACUGUAUAGAUGAUUGGCUGAUGAGGUCGUUCACCUGCCCCUCCUGCAUGGAGCCUGUGGACGCUGCACUGCUUUCCUCCUACGAGACCAACUGACAGACACCCCCAGACCACAGUGGACCCGCACACAUCUACCAACACACUCAGUACACUGAACUUCCACCUUCAUAUCUUAUAUCCUGGAUUAGUAAGAUUGUGUUAUCUCAACCGUGGUCAUUAACACCAUGUAGGACGAAUUAUGUUUGUGUUCAAAUAUAUGUUUGAUUAUGAAGCUGUUUGUAUGAGUGUGUGUGUGUGUGUGUGUCUGUGCACUCACACUUUCCUCAGUUGACCUGCUGGACAGGACUGCAUCUGAGAAAGGACAAGUAGGAGGAAGCUGGAGCCAAGGAAGAAGUGAAAGAUGAGCGCAGAAAGGCAGGAAGUGUGCACAGAAGAGUGCGAUCGAGUCAGGGGAAUGAGUGAUGGUUAACUCAUGACUGAGAAAUGUUUUUUUGUGUUCUGCUUUAAAACUUGGCGUACACGAUUCUUUUUAUUUAAUCCGCAUCAGUGACUUGUGUUCAGGAAACGAGAGCCUGACCUUCGUCACAGGGCUGCAGAUUGUGUUUCUUGGACUCGUGGUGACCGAUGAUGGGCGUGAGCAAA